AUACCUUUCGUACGUAUGAACAGACGAAUAGGAUAAUAGCCGACUGCGCGCCUACCUACUUGUACAGGCUACAGAUCACAGGUCUACUCUGUACGAUUCGCCCGAAGAGGCGUCCAGAGUCCAGACGUCCGCGCAUCGAACAUGCGGUAGAUGCAGGAGAUUGUUGGGUUGGAUCGCCUACUGAAGCCUGCGUCCAACCUCCACCCGUUGCAAGUAUUGUGCACGGUAGGUGCAUGUACAGCAGGUGUACCGUGUAUGCCUCAACAUCCUUCCCGCCAGCCGAUUUCCCCGCCGCCCGUCUCGAAUUCGUUUGCUGUAUCCCUGCAAAUAUCGGGUGGUAAGCCAGUUGAACCAGUACAUGGAGGACCCAGGAGGGACCCAGGAGCGGUUGGCAUGACCGGCUUAUACACCGACGUUCCGUUGGCUGCGGCCCGCUGCAGCUUGGGGCAAAAAGGGCGGUCUAGUACAGACAAUCUCGUACGUUAUGCGGUGGUAAUUACGUGCCAAGUAGGCGUAUUGGUAGGUAGUGCAAUUGUCCAAUUGCUGACGCUACCUGAGUUGCUCGUGCUAGACAAUGUCAGUACACGGUCCAGCACAUACUACCUACUGUGUACAAGUGCGUGCAUAGUCAGAAUAUAAUUUACAUAGCCACCUGGUCCCUACACAGUAGGUAAGGUCUCCAAAGGUUGCAGAGGCAAGCAUCGCUAGUCUGGGUGCGCUCUACUUACAAGUUACAACAAGUACUUAGCGUAGCAUUCGCUAGACAAGGCCAGGC